AUGAGAAAAGAAGAUCAAAUACAUCUCUCGUCCUUACAGAUUUGGAAUGGUAUGGACACUCCUGUUCAUUAGAGCUCUAACAUUUUUAGUGAAAAGUUUAAAUAGAGUUCAGAAUUUCAUUAUAAUUGCAAUCAACCAUUUUGUUUACAGCAUCCUGAAAAAAAAGCUAAAUACGUCUUACUGAAUGCUGAAGGACCAAAUGAAAAGCUUUGUACUAAAUGCGCUGUUGUUUUUGCAUAAUAAGGACAUAAAAUUUAAUUAAUUGAGGAGGAUAAUGCUAAGAAGAAAUAAACUGACUCAUUUAUAGAUUAACUACUCCAGACCAAAAGCGAAAUCGACAACAUCCAUUCAAAUUUCCUGUGCACUGAGGCAAAUUUAAAAAAAUUUUAUAAUGACCAAUAUACUUAGGUAGUUAAAACAUUCGGAAACAUUGAAAAGUAACUACAUCUUUGUAAAUCUGAGUUACUUUUUGCUUUGUCACAAUAACUCUGGUCAGGAAUAUAGUAAACAAAUUAACUAAAAGUAUAAGCUAAAUAAAUAGAUCAUCAAAUAGCAACAUAUAUUAAUGAUAUUAAGAAUCAUUACGAAAAAAUAGUGUAGAUGAGUCCUCUCCCCUUCAAUUAAAUCAUGGGGGGAUACAGCAGCAAACUCUUUAAACUUUAAUAGUGCCUUAAAGAAAUCUAAGAAAACAAGAUGACUUAUCUUCAUUAUGAAGGUAAAUUGGUUGGCUUUGAUCAAUUCCUAAAAGACUUAAGCUUUUUGAACGAAAAGGAUUAGCCAUACAAUAUGAGAAAUCACGAAAGUACCAGAUCUAGUUCAGAACAGAAAACCUGCAAAAGUGUAGAGAAGGAGAAGAGACACUUAAGUCAACCUACUAGUAAGGAAGUGAAAUGCUUUGAGAAUUCUGAUAAGAAAAUGACAUAAAAUUUUAAAAUAACUGAAUAAUCAAUUGAGGAAUGGAUGGAAAAUUCAAAUUCAAAGUAGAGGAAAACAGAGCCUACUGAGAAAUUAGCAAGUCCUAAUAUUUUGGCUAUUAAAUUUGUCAAAAAGCAAAUGCCUCCCAAUAGAGCAUCUAUGAAGUAAGAAACAAAUCAAGCUAUGCUUAAUAAACUAAUUUCUGAAUUUUCAUAGAUCAAGAAGGAUAGAGUUAAGAAAAUGUAAUCGAAAACACCUGAAUUAGGAAAAACUGUUUAAUAGACAAUUCCUAAUAAAUUUUCCCCAAAGUUUCUUUAUAAAAAUUAUUAUAAAUGA